AUGGCACUGGCAAGUGUGGGGUUGGUGUGGUAUGAAGUGGUUUAUUUGAUGGAUACACAAGUUGUUCAAUUGGGUAGGAAGUGUUUCGAUGGCAGAAGAGCGAUAGCAAAUCUCUUAGUGGAAUAUUUUGAAUUGCUCUCACACGCGCUAUUAUUCGAGUUUGGGUUAUACCCUCCAGAGGCGUUUCAACCUGUGAAGUAUUGCGAUGUUAUCGUGCAUAAAUGUGUGGACAAAGCAGUACAAUUGUAUAUAGAAACGUCGAUGCGGAGUAUACAUCGAUGGGUGAUGUACUCGAAGUUGAGGAGGUAUAACGUGGCGAUUUGCGAGGGGAGGUUGAAUUUGGUGGUUGGGGGGUAUUUGGUGGAGAUUGGAGAGGCGUUGUAUACGGGGGCGAAGAGGAUAGAUGAAUUUGACGAGCUAGCGGCUGAAUUGAGAGGACGUCUGCAGAAAACGUUAUGCGAUAUAGAGUUGAAUCAGGCGGAGGCGUAUUUGCUGGAUAAUGAGACGAGUUGGUGUUUGUAG